UGUUUCCUUCAUCAAACUCCUUCACCAAACACAACACAACACAAUCUAGCAAUACCCAAAACAACAAAACACACAGAACAAUCAAAAAGCUCAAAAUCUUCAUAGCAAAAUGGUUUUGUCAUGGACCAGAGGGAGAGUUUUCCGCCGUGCCCGGAAAGGAAAAGACCUGAACUGCAACGAUUUGGAGGUGGAGAUUGCCAUCCCCACCCAUUUCCGGUGCCCUGUUUCCCUUGACUUGAUGAAAGACCCUGUCACAAUCUCCACAGGGAUCACCUACGACAGGGAAAGCAUCGAGAAAUGGAUAGAAGCAGGGAACCAAGCAUGCCCUGUUUCAAAAACCGCGUUGACCACCUUUGACAUGAUCCCCAACCACGCUCUCCGGAGAGUGAUUCAGGACUGGUGCGUCGAGCACCGUUCCUACGGCGUUGAGAGGAUCCCAACUCCUCGUAUUCCGGUCACCCCGUAUGAGGUUUCGGAUGUUUGUACGAAGAUUCUCUCUGCUGCCCAACAAGGGGAUGAGACUAAGGGAUGGGAGUUGGUGAGGAAGAUCAAAACAUGGGGGAAGGAGAGUGAGAGGAACAGAAGAUGCAUAGUGGGUAAUGGUGCUUCUGUUGUUCUGGCUAGUGCUUUUGAUUCUUUCUCACGUGGGGGUGUUGAGAAGAAUCUGGUUGUUUUGGAGGAGAUUUUGGCGGUAUUGACAUGGAUGCGUCCUAUUGCUGGAGAGGGUAGGUACUUGUUGGGGUCUUCUGCUUCAAUGAGGGCAAUGAUUUUGUUCAUGAAUGGUGGAGAAAGUUCCACAAAGCAGAGUGCAGCUCAGGUGCUGAAUGAACUGCCUGUGAAGGCUUUGGCGAAAGCUGAAGGGGUUGUUGAAGGUUUGGUCAAGAUGGUUAGGGAGCCAAUUGGAGCUUCUGCUAGCAAAGCUUGUUUGUCAAUGAUGUUUCAUUUGGUUUCUUCAUCAGAGAACAGAGAGGUGAUCUCAAGAAGAUUUGUGGAACUGGGUUUGGUUUCAGUUUUGUUGGAGGUUCUUGUUGAUGCUGAAAGAGGGAUAUGUGAGAAGGCUUUGGGGGUGUUGGAUUGCUUAUGUGAUAUCAAGCAAGGGAGGGAGAUGGCAAAGGGAAAUGCUUUGACUUUGCCUCUUGUGAUUAAGAAGCUUUUGAGGGUGUCUGAGUUGAGUUCUAGCUUUGCAGUGUCUAUUCUUUGGAAGCUUUUUGAUAAGACUGAUGAAGGGGUGUUGAUUGAGGCGCUUCAAGUUGGGGUAUUUCAGAAACUCCUUGUUCUUCUUCAAGUGGGUUGUGGGGAGAGUACAAAGGAUAAGGCUACUGAGUUGCUGAAACUGUUGAAUGGAUACAGAAGCAAAGCUGAGUGUGUUGAUUCUUCAUUGGAUUUCAAGCACCUUAAGAAGCCCUUUUAAUUGAUCCAAGAGGAUUGGAUUUGAUUUCACCUUUUUUUCUUCGUAUAGGUCAUGUUAUAGGAACAGAAUACAUUCCUGUACAAAGAUUCUCAGACACAUACAAAGGAUACAAAUUGUAGCUCUAACUUUCAAUUGAACUUAUGAAAUUCAUUUUUUUCCUGAAA